GAGGACAAGAGAAAGGGAAAGGCGAUGGAGGAGGACGAGAGGAGAGGGACAAGGCCGCACGGGGCAGGCAGCGUGGCUGUGACGGAACAAGUCAAAGGUUGCGAACGGCGAUGACCAUGGAGCGAGCGAGAUGAGACGGGAUGGGGCACGCCACGCACCAGAACAAAACCAACCCGAGGAGAGGACCGGACCAACCCCAACCCCAACCGCGUCCCCAUUCCACCCCUCGAUUAGUCCCACCGCCACCGCCACCGCCACCGCCACGGCUCCGUCUCCAUUACGGUUGCGACUUCAAACUCCGAGGCCCACCAACUCCGCCGCGUCCGGCUCCGCGAGCAAGAGCUAGGAGCCUCCCGCGCGGGCCCGACGACGACGAGGCCGAGGCGUUGGGUUGGUUAGCGGUUGGAUACCUGCGUAUCUAUCUGCCAGCCAUGGGGGGCGUGUGCUCGAGGCGGUUCCCCGACGAGGCGGCGCCGCGGUCGCUCGCCGCAGCCUACGACGCGCGCCUCGGCAGGUAUGGGCCCGGGGACUUUGACUCCGGCGAGCUCGCCAUCCCGCCGCCCAAGCCACCCUCCUCGCACAAGGUAUCAGAAACAGGUACACUUUUAGGAAGAGCUAGCAUUGCUGGUCUGGAAAAGGCUGUUGAGGUGUUAGAUACCCUCGGAAGUAGCAUGACAAGUUUGAAUCAUGGCAGCGGGUUUCUCUCUGGGGGAACGAAUCGAGGAAAUAAAGUCUGUAUAUUAGCAUUUGAAGUUGCAAAUACCAUAGCUAAAGCUUCUAGUUUAUGGAGGUCAUGCUCUGAUGAGAGUAUAGAAGAGUUGAAGGAAGAAAUUUUGCAUUCAGAUGGAGUGCGAAUAUUGGUUUCCUCAAAUUCCAGUGAGCUGUUGCAUAUUGCUGCUGUUGAUAAAAGGGAAGAACUUGCCAUCUUUUCAAGAGAAGUAAUUCGGUUUGGUGACCUCUGUAAAGAUCCUAUAUGGCAUAACUUGGGACGAUAUUUUGACAAGUAUGCCCCUGAAAAAUUAACAACAGAUUAUACGCCUCAGGAUCAUUCAAAAGAGAGUAUGGAAGCUACUGUCCAGCAAUUGAUUAAUUUGGCGCAAAGCACUUCUGAACUCUACCAUGAAUUGCAUGCUCUGGACAGGUUUGAGCAGGAUUUUCAAACGAAAUUUCAUGAAGAUGAGUCUGUGCCACCGGCUAGACGAGAGAGCGUUAUGAUAUUGCAUAGUGAAUUAAAACGCCAGAGGAAGCUUGUGAAAAAUCUGAAGAAGAAAUCCUUGUGGUCUAAAACUUUAGAAGAGAUUGUGGAGAAGCUUGUGGACAUUGUAAUAUUUUUACAUAAACAAAUCCGGGAUGCAUUUAAUGAAGCUGUUCUCACAGGAACUGACUUCUUUGAUCCCGAGCAAGCUCAGAGCAAAAGGCUAGGUUCCUGUGGUCUGGCACUACAUUAUGCUAACAUUAUCAAUCAAAUUGAAAACAUAGUUUCUCGGCCACUCUCUCUUCCUCCUAGUGCUAGGGACAAUUUAUACCAUGGUCUGCCAAAAACAGUAAAGUCAGCUCUGCGAUCGCGAUUGCAAUCAUCUAAUACUGAAGAAGAGCGUACCGUUGCUCAAAUCAAAGCUGAAAUGCAGAAAACUCUUCGUUGGCUUUUGCCAGUAGCAGAAAACACAAUAAGAGCACACCAAGGUUUUGGAUGGGUCGGUGAAUGGGCAAACCAUGGGAGCGAGAUGAGCAAGAAAUCUGGUUCCCAACACAGCGUGACCCGCAUCCAGACACUUCAUCACGCAGACAAGGCAAAGACUGAGCAGUACAUCCUCGAGCUGGUGGUGCUGCUCCACCAUUUGGUGGUCCAGGUGAAGAACAGAGGCUAUGGAAACAAAUCCGCAAAGCAUGACCUGUCUCGAUCGCGCAAGGGACUGGAUUCACAGGCAGAGACCAAGCACAACACAUCUCCGAUAAACAACGGCACGGUUCCAAGCCCGUUGUCGGACUGCGAACGCGAAACGCUGGACCAACUGAGCUUCAAGAGGACGAGCUACGGAAGAAGCACGAGCUGCGAGCCUCCGCCUGACAGAGGGAACAAGGCGCACCGGAGCUGGGACUCUUGCCGGAGCCAAGGCAACUCGCCGGCAAGGGAAUUCGGUAGGAACUCGAUUUCGGGUCGAGACAAGACGAGGGAUCUGGAUGUAAUAGAUGGCUUGGAUAGACUGACUUCAUCCCCAACAUUUUAUUAGAUAUAUGCUGCUCAUAUAGGUAUUCUUUUGCUGCGUCUCCCGGCCCAUUGUAUAUCUCGUAUAUGUGUGAUCUGUCUAUAUAUUCUCUUAGUUUAUGUACAUAUAUAAUUUAGUACUGUAGACUGCGUUUGAGUGGAAAUAUAUAUAGAGAAAUCACUAGUGGUGUUCCA